AUGCAGCGGACUCUGUUCGGCCGGAGGAGUGGGUCGCUGGCCCGGCGGGCGCUCACCACCCUUGAGGGCCCGCUCGCACAGCACCCGGAGCGGAGCCGCCGCACGUCGUCCGUCGCCAUUCCCCCGCCGGCGUGCAUGCUUCGGCCCCUCGAGGCACCUCUGCGCUACUUGUUUGGACCGGGUCCCUCCAACGUGCCCCCGCGUGUCCUCGCUGCAGGGGCCAAGCCCAUCAUCGGUCACCUGCAUCCAGAAAUGUAUCAGAUCAUGAGCGACAUCAAGAAGGGGAUCCAAUACGCGUUUCAGACGGAGAACAACAUGACGCUGUCCAUGAGCGGCUCGGGCCACGCCGCUAUGGAGUGCGCCGUCUUUAACACGGUGGAGCCCGGCGAGAGCGUCCUCGUCGCCAUUAAUGGGAUUUGGGGCGAGCGUGUUGCGGAAAUCGCCGAGAGAAUGGGUGCGAAUGUACAUAAACUCGAGAAAACACCGGGAAAUUAUUUCAGCAAUAAAGAGAUUGAACAGGCUAUCGAGAAACACAAGCCGGUGCUGUUCUUCCUAACGCACGGAGAGUCUUCUGCCGGCCUGUGCCACCCAAUCGAUGGCAUUGGAGACAUCUGCAGAAAACACGGCUGCCUCUUCCUGGUGGACACGGUUGCAUCACUCGGGGCUGCGCCCAUUUUUAUGGAUCAGCAAAACAUCGACAUCCUGUACACGGGUUCUCAGAAGGCCCUGAACGCACCGCCUGGCACGGCUCCCAUCUCGUUUAAUGACAGAGCAUGCCACAAGAUGUUUAACAGGAAGACGAAACCAGUCUCGUACCUCUUUGACAUGACGCAUUUGUCCAACUACUGGGGGUGCGAUGGCAAAGCAGCCAGAAUGUACCACCACACUGGCCCCGUGUCGGGUUUCUUCGCCUUGAGAGAGAGUCUGGCUAUUUUGGCUGAGAAGGGUCUGGAGGAGUCUUGGAGGAAACACAAGGAGGUGGCAGCCUACCUGUACAGAGGACUGGAAGACUUGGGCCUCAAACUCUUCAUCCCUGACAAGGAUUUGAGGCUUCCCUCUGUGACCACCAUCGCCAUCCCCGACGGCUACGACUGGAGGGAGUUGCUAAUGUACAUCAUGAAGAAUCAUCAGAUGGAGAUGACGGGAGGCCUGGGUCCUUCCAUCGGCCUGGUGAUGCGAAUUGGACUGAUGGGCUACAACUGUGAGAAGAGUAACGCCGACAUGGCCUUGCACGCCUUGGCAGAUGCGCUUAAAAACUGUAGAAAGAGCAAAGCUUAACGAAGGACAACAUUCCCAAAGAGACCUCGGUGUCCACGAACAAAGGAAACAAAGCAAGGAUUGCUGAUGAUAAAGUGUAAUGCCGUAAUUUGUUCGUCUGAUUGUAAAUGGGUUGCAAAAACAUGAACUUUUUUUUUUUUUUUGAGGAGCAGUUUGGAAAUGAGUGACCAAUGGACACCAUGUGGUCUAUGCAAAAAGCACUGAUAGCAGACAAUAAAUGUGGAUCGAAUUGUCAA